AAAUCUUGAUGACAUUGGCUAUGGUUCGAGUCUCAUGAGACUGUCAUAGGACUUUAGAAAUUAGCAUGAUAAAGGGCGGAAUAUGCAGUGAAAGGAAAAAGGCAUUUUACACCUCUUUAGAAUUGAUCAAAUAGACCCCAAUUCUUAAUUUAAUAAUUAAUCAUAACCUUAGAUAUGUUUACCUCAUGCCUAAAAAAGUUAAUUGAUUCUAACAUAACAUGUACAAAACAUUGCCAACUUUAUAAAAAAAAAAAGUUGGUUACCAAGGUGGCAAGAGCUGUUUACAUGUUGCCUAGCAACCAUCAUGCACACCAAGUCUUCAGACUGACAAUACAUAAGUUUUGUUACUUCCUAUUUUAAUAUACAAAUAUUACACUAUAUUGAAUAACAACAACAAAGACUGAAGAAUAAGAGAACAUGGGUGAUGUAAAGAAUCUAGAAUCUUAUGCUAUAAUUGGAUUUGAUGGAUCUGCAAUUCGCGGUCUCAAGGUACACCCAGACAGUGAGCAUAUAGUUUACCCUAUGGGUAACAAAGUUUGCAUCCAAGAAUGGAAGACUAAAAAGAUGUAUUUCCUCAGUGGUCACACAAAUAGUGUAUCUACUGUAGCUUUAUCUCCAAAAGGCACAUUUGUGGGCUCUGGACAAAUAAAUCACAUAGGGUUCAAAGCAUCAGCUAAAGUGUGGGACUUUAAGAAGAAGACCCAGAUUGGAUCCCAUGAGCUGCACAAGGUACGAGUAGAAGCGCUCGCAUUUUCGUCAGACGAGCGUUAUAUGAUAUCCCUGGGUGGCAGGGAUGACGGGUGCGUUGUGCUGUGGGACUGUUUCGCAGCCUCCGCCACCGGCACUGCGGCGGCAUCCAAGCUGACUACAGGAGACGCUAUCACACUCACUGCAUUAAAUCUAAGAGUCAAUUCGUUUGUUACUGGAGGAGAUUCCAAUCUUCGAGUAUGGAACAUUCGUGCUGAGAGCAAGAACUUGGACGUUGUUGAUGUAUCUCUCGGUAAACUUCGCCGCUGCGUCCGAUGUAUUGCCGUCAGUCGGGACGACACAUACGGUUAUGCUGGCACCACAACUGGUGAUAUGAUAAAGUUUUCUAUAAACUACCCUUCGGAUCCUCUGGCGCCGGUGUCGCAAUGCAAGCCGGCUCUGAUCGGAUGUCUGGCCAAGUGCGGCCCUUGGAAGAAGGGCAGGCGGCCAGAGUCUGUGUGUUACAGUCAAGGAAUAGAAUCUAUCGUUAUUUUGGAAGAUGGGUGUCUCAUCGUUGGCGCUGGCGAUGGUUCUAUCGAUGUAUUGGACGAGAUAAACUGGAAGGGAACCUUCCCUAAGGGCAAGAUUCUCGACCCUAACAAGCCACAUUUUAAGGCUUUGAAAUCGACCAAGCUAGACGGUAGUAUAACUUCCUUGGAGCUGAUGGAGUCGCCGAAGAUGCAAGGCAACAAGCGCCUGCUGCUGGCCGGCACUCGGUCCAGCGAGAUCUACGCCAUCAAUGUGGCCACCUUCAACCCGAUACUAGUCGUCACCUGCCACAGAUGUGCCAUCAACGACAUUGCGUUCCCGCACGGCAUGUCAGGCGUGUUCGCGACAGCCGGUGCUGGUGACGUCAGAGUGUGGUGUUUGGAAACUUGUCAGGAACUCCUUCGUAUCGUGGUGCCCAACUUUACCUGCUCCGCUGUGCUAUUCUCUGGUGAUGGGAAGUCUAUUGUUUCUGCAUGGAACGACGGCAACAUCCGCGCAUUCACUCCGCUGACGGGCCGCCUCAUAUACUGCAUCUUCAACACGCACAACAAGGGCACGUCCGCACUCGACAUGACCACCGACGGCAGGACGCUCAUCUCUGGCGGAUGUGAAGGGCAGGUACGAGUGUGGGACAUAAAGCCAGAAUGCCAGAGCCUGAAGAAAGUGCUGAAAGAGCACAAGAGCCCCGUGUCCGCCAUACAGGUGUCGCCCAACAACACGGAGGCUGUCAGCGCCGGGACCGAUGGCUCGUGUAUCAUAUGGGAUCUUAUUUCCCUAUCUCGUCGCCAAGUGAUGUACGCGAACACGCUGUUCAUGUGCGUGUGCUUCGAGCCGCAGGGCUGCCAGCUGCUCACGGGCGGCACGGACCGCCGCGUGGCCUACUGGGAGACCGGCAGCGGGAACCUCGCGAGGGAGCUGGAAGCAAGUAAAGUUGGCGCUAUAAACGGGUUGCAUAUAACACAAAACGGAGACUUAUUCGUCACUGGAGGCAAUGAUCAAAUGGUUAAGCUGUGGAAGUACCAGGAGGGCAUAUACACGCACAUGGGUCUGGGCCACGCGGGCGCGGUCACGUGCACCCGCUUCAGCCCCGACGCGCGCUACAUCGUCAGCAGCUGCGCCGCCGGCAGCAUCAUCGUGUGGAAAGUGCCCGAGCAAUACAUUCACAAAACGCCUCCUAAACCGGUUCCACAAAAAGCAUUAUCUCCGAAGACACUACAGGACGAGCUAAAGCUGCCUCUAAAUGAGAAGCCAUCUUACAAGGCCUCUGGUGAUAGGCCUUACGUACCGUCUGCGCCCAAUAAAACAGAGAAAAUUGAAGCGAUGGACACACAUCGCAGUAGCGUGCACUCGUGUUGUCCGUGCGACGCGACCGCGCGCAGCGACAACACCAAGAAGUCCACGCCCAAGCAGCCCGCCGCCAAGUGCUGCCGCCCACCCGGGCCCGGAGAUAACUUACCAACACGGACUACAAGUAAAGAAUACGUUAGCGGCGGAAGCGGCGACAAACGAUAGAUUAAUCCUUCAUAUUGUGAUCUAAUGUGCCCCACAUAUUUUAUAUCAUGACUGAUUUCGUACAUAAACGUGUUUUGACUUUAAA